AUUGCAUACACAACCUCUUCUUAUAGCUAAUCUCCUAAUUGCAAUUGCUUUGCUUGAUGAGUUAACCAAAACCAACCUUGGCCUGCACUCAAAGAACAAAACCUUCAAAAUAGUAUCCAAAACACCCCUUUUACUCCCAAUAUCUCAAACCCAAUUUCAAUUUCAAUUUCAAAUUCUCUUCUCCAAAGAUGUCUCUUCAAGCUCAACCACAACAACAACCACAACAACCAGUCCAAGUUUACCCAACAAAUCAGCCACCUUCAUCUUCUCAUCACUCAAAUGGGUCAUUUGGGGCAGUUUUCAUUGUCCUUGCCAUAAUACUAGUCAUUUCUGUAGUUGCAUGCUUUCUAGGGCGCCUUUGCAACAAGCGCUAUAAUAAUAGCCACAGCAACCGCCAGAAACCCUCUAAGCAGCAUAAUAGGCCACAGAUCCACAAUUUGCAUCCAAGAGAUCAUCAUCAUCAUGAAGGGGACAUUGAAUUUGGUGACAAAGGAAUGCCACCACCGAUUAUAAGAACCCAACAAGAACAUGGUCAUGGUCAUGGUCAUGAAGGGGACAUUGAAUUUGAGGGUGACAUAAGAAUGCCACCACCAAUUAUAAGAACCAAAGAACGUGGUCAUGGUCAUCAUGGUCAUGGAGCAGCUGGCACAGGAGGACCCCAGUUACAUCAUGUUAAUGAUACCAUGAAAGAUUUUAAUUUGAGACCUGGCCAUGGAGAAGUGCUUAGAGCAGGUGCAUGAUGGAAGUGUAUAACACAUGAUGUUAUGUGUAUAGUAAAUUACUAAGCCUACAUCUUAUGCUGACAAUCAUUAUGUGUCUCUUUUUAAUUUUAAUUUAUCUUCUGUGCCUUUUCUGUGUCUUAGAUUUCCAACUGUAUGAUGUAAAUGUAAAAUUGUUUUCUCUACUUUUUUUUUGUCCCUCAAAUUUAUUUUUGGAAGUGUCAAGUGUGUAAUAUUA